CGCCCUCUUCUUCUCCCAGGAAAACCUCGCAGCCGCAGCCGCACUGGUGGGAGCAGCAGCAGCAGCCAUGGUGCUCGCGCGCAAGAAGCUGAAGCAGAAACUCCACGCCCUCGUACCCGCCGGUGACGCCGAGGCGGGAGAUCAUGUCUCGGAGGCACAGGCCAUGAAGGAGCGGCUCGCCUCCUCCAGGCGGCCCCGCCCCAGGCGGCCCAAGAAGUCCAAGAAGUCGCUCCCUGAAGAACUGCGGCAGACGGAGGAGGAGUGUAGGAAGGAGGUGGAUCGGAGGAGGGAGGAGAGGAAGAAAGAGAAGAAGGAGAAAAGGAGGAUAAGGAGGUUGAUGGAAGCGGCGGCGACGCAGCAGUUGGGAGGGGAUGCGGAGGCGGAGGCCAAGGAAGAGACGGUGGAAGUUGCCGACUCUGCUGUUGGGUCCGACCAUCCGGCUGUGGCAGAGAACAGGAAACAAAAUAUAAUCAAUGAGGAAGUGGCAGAACCUGGAGCUGGGUCUGACAAUGCCAUCGUUACAGAGAAUAGGGAGAAAAAUGCAAACGAAGUGGCAGUAACCAAACCUGGACCAGUUGGGUCCAACAAUCCCAUCGUUGCAGAUAAUAGGGAGGAAAGCAUAAAGAAGGUGUAUGUUGGUGGCAUCCCGUACUAUUCAUCUGAGGAUGACAUAAGGAGUUUCUUUGAAGGAUGUGGAAGUAUCACGGCGAUUGACUGCAUGACUUUUCCUGAGAGCGGGAAAUUCAGGGGUAUUGCCAUUCUCACAUUUAAGACUGACGCUGCCGCACAGAGGGCGUUGGCUCUUGAUGGUGCAGACAUGGGAGGAUUUUUCCUGAAAAUUCAGCCUUACAAAUACAACCGUGAGAAGGAAGAUUUUGCACCAAAGUUGAUAGAGGGGUACAAUAGGAUAUAUGUAGGAAACCUACCAUGGGAUAUAACAGAAGAUGAUAUAAAAAAGUUCUUUUCUGAUUGCAAGAUUUCGUCUAUCCGAUUUGGAACAGACAAGGGGACAGGUGAUUUCAAAGGCUAUGUGCAUGUUGAUUUUUCUGAUGGCACAUCUCUUGCUGUUGCUUUGAAGCUUGACCAGAAGGUGAUUAAGGGGCGACCAGUCAGAAUCAGAUGUGCUGUUCCCAAAAAGGAUAACCAGAAAGUCAAUGAUAAUGUAAACUCGGAUCCUUCAAACAAUAAGAUCCGGACAUGCUAUGAAUGUGGCACCCCUGGACACCUCUCUUCUUUUUGCCCAAACAAGAAGCACUCUGAAGUACGAGCAUGCUAUGAAUGUGGCACCCCUGGGCACCUCUCUUCUUCUUGCCCAAAUAAGGACUCUGAAGUACGAACAUGCUAUGAAUGUGGCACCCCUGGGCACCUCUCUUCUUCUUGCCCAAAUAAGAAGGAUUCUGAAGUAUUGUUGGAUGAAAAGAAUGCUAAUGUUGACUCAGCCACAGCAUCAUCGAAGAAGAGGCGGACAUGUUAUGAAUGUGGGAUUCCUGGCCAUCUCUCAUCGGCUUGCCCAAACAAAAGGACUGCAGACUCUGUUUCGAACAUGGAGCGUGAUGAUGAUGCAAAGGCUGCACCUACCGUCGUGUAUGAGGAAAAUAAAAUAGGUGAUGAAUCAAAUUCAGCACCUUCGAAGAAGAGGCGGAAAUGCUACGAGUGUGGCGUUUCUGGUCAUCUCUCGUCAGCUUGCCCCAACAGAAAGGCCGCUGAGGUUGUUUGUGAUGAAGAGAAACCUGACGAUGCUUCAAAUGCUAUUCCUUCAGCCAUUGCGGAUGAGAAGAAGGCUGGCGAUGGCAUAAAAUCUGCACCUCCAAAGAAAAAGAAGAGGCGGACAUGUUAUGAGUGUGGCAUCGCCGGCCAUCUCUCGUCAGAGUGCCCGAACAAGGCAGCUGCUGAGGUCAAAUGAUUGUCGCAUUUGUUUUAUUCCUCAGGAUUUUAUCCCGUUGUAUUGUAUUGUUUGUUGUCAUUUGAGCAGCAAAGUUACCAUACUCUGAAGGAAAACUGAAGUUUUGUCAGUAGGCUGCAAUCUGAUCGUGAAACAUUUUAGCGGGCAGUGUAACCACAAUAAACAAGUGUUAUUAUCUUUCCUUAUCAAAUUUUGAAUGCAUGGUAAAGCAGACACGAGAUCGUUACCCAA